CAACAGAUGUUGGUCCAGAUGGGCUAUGCCCCUGCGACUUCUACGUAUAUGGAAAGUGGCGAGAAGGAUACUCAUAUUUCAGCAUAUGACUGCUUAAGCUUCGUUAUUGCGGAGUAUCAUAAACUAGACGAACAGCAACAGAAAUACAAAACCGCAUGGGAGUCACAAGAGGCGCAAAUGACUGUGCAAUUCAACAAACAGCAGUCUCUGCUGGAAAAGCUGAAGAAAGCGGAAUACGAAGUGGCCAAUCUGACGCAAAGUUUAGCGGAGCACAGGAGGAAGGCUAUCGCCAUGGAAACGAAGAGGGUGAAAGAACUUCAGGAUCAGGAGAAAGUUAUCAAUAAAUUAAGACAAGCCAAUUCACAGCUGGAAUACAGGAACAAGCGCAAGAUGAUAGAGAGCGAGGAUACUAAAGACCGUUUACGGCAAGUUCUGCAGAAGCGGAACACAGGGCUAAGCACCAUCCGCAUGAUCAGUGGCGUAUGGGACCGAACAUCAUCAAUAAAGGGAGCCGCCCACUUGGAAUCAGACACACCUGCGUCAAACAAGACAUUCGGAAUUACAUAUGAGCUUGAAAAGCGGCACGAGAAUGAAGUGAAGUAUCUAUUCCACGACAAUGAGGCCCUAAGAGACAUUAUUCGAACAUUGGCCGAAAAUUACAAUCAACUGUUGAACUCAUUUCUGGACGCGAAAGCGGAGAACAAUGAGGAUAUGGACAUCAGCACAAUAGCCGAUCUAAGAGAGAUCUUCCCGUUAGACGAUUGCUUCUACUUCAUACCAGCCGGCCAGCUACAUCAAAGGAUCAAUGAGAUUCUAAGCCAGUCACAUGACGGAUUAAGCCAUAUCGAUGAGGACAUAUCAUUGGAGAAUGACAGUGACAGUGAAAAUGACGAUGUAGAGACCAAAAGGAAGACCGCCUACACACCAACCAGUGCUGAUGCGGAACGGUACCGAAGAGUCAUUGCAGCGCAGAAGAAGAUGAUCGAAGAGCUGCUCAACAUGCAAGACGCUACGAUAGACGACACGGACAAUGAAGGGGACGAAAAUGAUAUAGUUGAUAACGAUUUACCUGGCGAGGGUUUGAAUAACGAGACCUUGAAUGGUAGAUCUAAUGAGGAAACGAGACUGAAUGCGGACAUCGUGAUGCAAGAUGAUGGAACAGAAGACACACAAAACUAUCAAAAAAGAAAUAAGGCACCUAAAAAAUUACAAGACACAGAUGAUCAGACAUAUAUACAAUCGCACGCUCCACUGGAGGAUGUGCAGACGCCAAUGAGCCACCGCACCUCGUAACUGGGCUGCAUACCAAGUAGUGCAAUAAAUUCUUAAGAUCUCCUUUCA